GUUUUUGUUUGUGAAUUUGUUGAUCUUGUUGGCGGACAUGUGCAUGGUUCCAACAUAGACGUUGUUGAAUUCAGAAGCAUGCUAGUUUUAUAAGGGCAUGAAGAGCCUUAUCAGCGUUUUGAAAAGAAAGCAGUGCUCAGUUAGAAGCAGACAGUUUCCAAAAUGUCAGGCAGUAAUAUGCACAGCCCAAAGGAUAUCCAGGUCCAAAUUAUGAGAGAGGACUGCAGCGGAGAAUUGUCUCCGCCAAGGUCUACGCUGGUUCGAAUGACUGUGGAAGUUGAUCUUGAUGUUCGUCUACCAUUGCCCAGAGGCGGUAAAUACCAAUACACGGUAAUAGAGGAAGAUGAGCACCCCGCCCCACUCUGGUUUCCUGAUAAGGAUUCUAAGAAGGUCGUAUCCAAGAAGGAGUGCAGACGUCACUACAUUGAGUUCCUCAAAUAUGGCGACUCGGGCACCAAAACGUGGAUCUGUGGAGUUUGUGGGCAGCGGAAUUCGCAACAGUUCUCCCUGAUGCGACACCUGAUGAUGGACCACCUGGGCAUGAGGGUGUACAAGUGUCAGCACUGCCCGAAGACCUUCAAAACUGCGGCGGUGCUGGCGCAGCACAGGAAGUCGGCCCACUCGGCGACCAAGGCGUACGUGUGUGACGUGUGUGAGAAGCAGUUCGGCCGGGUCUCCGUGCUGAUCCAGCACCGCCGCAUCCACUCGGACGUCAAGGAGCAUACCUGCCACUGCGGCAAGGCCUUCCACCAGAAAGUGAACCUCACCAUGCACCAGCUGCGGCUACACCCGCCGGCCGCCUUGCGUACGCCCAAGCCAGUCCACUGUCCGCCCAAGCCGGCCAGCCGUCCGCCCAAGCCGGCCAACUGUCCGUCCAAGCCGGCCAGCCGUCCGUCCAAGCCGGCCAACGGUCCGCCCAAGCCGGCCAACCGUCCACCCAAGCCGGUCCGCGGCGGUUCGCAGCGGACUCUACAGUACAGCUGUGUGGUGUGCUCGGCGCAGUUCGAGUCUGUACCCGAGCUUCUCCAGCACAAACUCACGUGCCAACCGCUGCUGCAGUCACUGCGCACUACAGUUAAGGUGAAUCGAGAUACGGAGCAGAGGAUCGGCGCCGGGAAGGAGCGCAACAUGAACAACAAGCUGCUCAAUAAGAUUCAGGAUAUCGUGCACCAGCAGGAGCGGCUGCGUCGGCGUGAGACGGCGGCGCUGCCGCGGCUGGACCCGUGCCGACUCCGGCGGCUGUACGACCGGCCGGCGCCCAGCUCCUGUCCGCCGGCACAGCCGCGGCGCCCGGAGACUGCCCCCGAGACACAGCAGCAGACUGACGACACGCCGGCUGGGAAGAUAAUGGGCGUCCUGACGGCUCCGAUCCGGACUCAGUCGAUGCUGCUGGCCCGCCAGCGCGGCCUGCAGCCGUUCGUGGUGCUGCAGAGCGACACUGACGAGCCGACGCUGGCUAAGGUGCUUCCCGCUGCCAAUAAUCUGGAGCUUCUGGUGCCUGCUACCAUCGAGGACCUGUAUCAGAUGAGUCAGCAGCAGGACGGCGAUAGCGACAAGGUCGAUGUGACCGUGGUUGCCAUGGUGACCCAGAUCUAUGACGAGAACGGCGCUCCGCACGUGCGGGUGCAGCCGCCGAGCUCUGAGCGCGCCGGCGGCACGGUGCUGGCCACCUCGCAGGUCGACCUGGGACCGGCACGUGCGGCGUCCCCGCUAACGCUGCCUGCGUCACCCGACGCGGACGAUCCGCCGAGCCCUGCGGCGGUGGUGGACAGUCCCCAGCGGGACCAGCCGUCCCCAGUGGCCGACGACGGCGGUCCGAGCGGAACGGUCCUGUCCAUGCCAAGCGGCGCACAGCUCCUGCUGCUGGAUACCGCCGCCCCGGCGAGCCCGACCGGGGAGCCCGAAUCUCCAACGGGUCAGGAUACCGCCUCCCCAGCUGGCCUUAGUACCAUCUCUCCAGCGGGCGCUAGUGCCGCUUCCCCAGCGGUAGCUAGUACCUCCCCAGCGGACCUCGCGCCAGGGAGCGAAAGGAGCGAAAGGCAGCGGUCUCCUCGCCCGGCCCAGCAGCCGCCGGCCGAUGAAGGUGCUGAGGCGGUGACAGAGGAAGCCCCGACAGAGAGCCCCCUGCUCUUCUCUCUACUGGGUCGGGGACUGUGGUCCAGUUUGUCCGUCUGAUGCCGACCGGAGAGCUGGAGACGGUGUCGGCGGACGACGCGGCGCUGCUCUCCAGCCGACCCGGCACUUCCUAUCAGAUUCUGCCAGAAGGCCAGUCUCUGGGCCGUUCACCCUCGGCGGCGCGGGUCCCCGAGCCUACCGAGUCGCCGCAAUAGCGGUGGGCGGGCUCACAGGGGGAGGGGCGACUCCGACGGACACUGCUAUGUGACGGGCGCGGGGGGAGGAAGAGGGGGGGGGUAGGGGGCGGCCGUCGGCGGCCAGUCUCUCAGCCGAUGUGCUCUCAGGAGGUCGUGCUCGCUCCCGCACCGCUCCAGCCCGCCCACCGUCCAACGCCGAGCUCCAGCCAAAGUAAGCGGAUGCAGGGCAGAUAGCCGGCAGACGGAUAGCCGCUGGUAGGGACUUUGACGUACGACUGUUAGGGCGUGUUGGCUAACCAAAAGUCAGGGAUUCAUGUAUAUUAUGACGGUGAAGUAACGCCACCUGGUAUGAGGCAUAAUGGGGGUAACACGGGAGGGUGGUGCAGUGUAGACGGGCUUUCAGCUGGUGUUCCUACUCAGAAGCCUCCGUUCGGUUGGUGUUGUUGUUGGCUGCUCGGUGUUGGAGGUGAACGGCCUGUGUUUGGCAUUCGUUGUGGUGAUUCGCGACCUUCAGCUGUAAUUGAGUGCGCUCAUUCUCACUUUGGCCAUGUUAUGAAGUAGCUAUGUCUGCCAAUCUGGAGGAACACGGAAAUGUCAUUUUGUGCAGAAGUCUGUAUUCUGUUCAUGCAUGAAUAUAUUUAUAAUACGUUUCUCAA